AUGCCUUUCCCCACACGUUCCCUCGGUCGCAAUGGCCCCCAAGUUCCUGCAGUUGGUCUCGGACUCAUGAGUCUAGGGAGCAUCUAUGGAUCUGCUGGCUCUCUCGAAGACAAGGUGGCCUUCCUCGAGCGUGCUCAUGCCAUCGGCGCCAGAUUCUGGGAUACCGCCGAUGUGUACUUUGACAGCGAGGAUGCAGUCGGGGAAUGGAUCCGAAGAUCCCAAAACCGCGACGAUAUCUUCCUGGCUACUAAAUUUGCACUUCAGUUUGAUUUGGCGACUGGCGAUCAGACCAUCCACUCCGACCCUGAAUACGUGAAGGCAGCCUGUGACAGGAGUCUUCAGCGACUGGGCGUCGAUACUAUAGAUCUAUACUACUGCCACCGUGUUGAUGGAGUGGCACCGAUCGAGAAAACAAUCCAAGCGAUGGUUGAGUUGAAGAAUCAAGGCAAGAUCAAGCAUCUCGGACUCUCCGAAUGCUCAGCAUCGACUAUCCGCCGCGCCCAUGCCAUUCAUCCCAUCGCCGCAUACCAAGUCGAAUACAGCCCCUUUGCCCUAGAAAUCGAAACAUCAACCAUCCUGGAAACAUGUCGCGAACUUGGCAUCGCCAUUAUUGCAUACAGCCCUAUUGGCCGAGGGAUCCUCACGGGACACAUCCAGUCCAUUGCCGAUCUCCCCGCAACUGAUUUCCGUCGCAUGUUGCCCAAGUAUGCAGCGGAGAACUUUCCACAAAUCCGGGCGCUGGUGCAAGGGUUAACGCACAUUGCCAAGAACCACGACAGCACACCGGCUCAGAUUGCUCUUGCAUGGAUCCUCGCACAGGGGUCUGAUAUGAUCCCGAUCCCUGGAACUAAGUCGAUCCAGCGGCUGGAAGAGAAUGCGCGGUCGGUCGAGAUUUGUCUUACGGAUAGGGAGUUGGAGGAGAUUCGGGUGUUGGUUCAGGCUGGGGUUCCGGGUACGCGGUAUCCUGCUGAGUGA